GGCUCGGCUGCGCCCGGGGCCGCCGGCGGGUUCCAGAGGUGGCCUCCGCCCCGGCCGCUCCGCCCACGCCCCCCGCGCCUCCGCGCCCGCCUCCGCCCGCCCUGCGCCUCCCUUCCCCCUCCCCGCCCCGCGGCGGCCGCUCGGCCCGGCUCGCGCUUCGAAGAUGGCGGCGCUGAGUGGCGGCGGUGGCAGCAGCAGCGGUGGCGGCGGCGGCGGUGGCGGCGGCGGUGGCGGUGGCGACGGCGGCGGCGGCGCCGAGCAGGGCCAGGCUCUGUUCAAUGGCGACAUGGAGCCGGAGGCCGGCGCUGGCGCCGCGGCCUCUUCGGCUGCGGACCCGGCCAUUCCUGAAGAGGUAUGGAAUAUCAAGCAAAUGAUUAAGUUGACACAGGAACAUAUAGAGGCCCUAUUGGACAAAUUUGGUGGAGAGCAUAACCCACCAUCAAUAUACCUGGAGGCCUAUGAAGAGUACACCAGCAAGCUAGAUGCCCUUCAGCAAAGAGAACAGCAGCUUUUGGAAUCCCUGGUUUUUCAAACUCCCACAGAUGUAUCACGGAACAACCCCAAGUCACCACAGAAACCUAUCGUUAGAGUCUUCCUGCCCAACAAACAGAGAACAGUGGUACCUGCAAGAUGUGGUGUUACAGUUCGAGACAGUCUAAAGAAAGCACUGAUGAUGAGAGGUCUCAUCCCAGAAUGCUGUGCUGUUUACAGAAUUCAGGAUGGAGAGAAGAAACCAAUUGGCUGGGACACGGACAUUUCCUGGCUUACUGGAGAGGAGUUACAUGUUGAAGUACUAGAGAAUGUUCCACUUACAACACACAACUUUGUACGGAAAACUUUUUUCACCUUAGCAUUUUGUGACUUUUGCCGAAAGCUGCUUUUCCAGGGUUUCCGUUGUCAAACAUGUGGUUAUAAAUUUCACCAGCGUUGUAGUACAGAGGUUCCACUGAUGUGUGUAAAUUAUGACCAACUUGAUUUGCUGUUUGUCUCCAAGUUCUUUGAGCAUCACCCAGUACCACAGGAGGAGGCCUCCUUACCAGAGACUGCCCUUCCAUCUGGAUCCUCUUCCGCACCCCCCUCAGACUCUAUUGGGCCCCAAAUCCUCACCAGUCCAUCUCCUUCAAAAUCCAUUCCAAUUCCACAGCCCUUCCGACCAGCAGAUGAAGAUCAUCGCAAUCAGUUUGGGCAACGAGACCGGUCCUCCUCAGCUCCUAAUGUUCAUAUAAACACAAUUGAGCCUGUCAAUAUCGAUGAAAAAUUCCCAGAAGUGGAAUUACAGGAUCAAAGGGAUUUGAUUAGAGACCAGGGGUUUCGUGGUGAUGGAGCCCCCUUGAACCAACUGAUGCGCUGUCUUCGGAAAUACCAAUCCCGGACUCCCAGCCCCCUCCUCCAUUCUGUCCCCAGUGAAAUAGUGUUUGAUUUUGAGCCUGGCCCAGUGUUCAGAGGGUCAACCACAGGCUUGUCCGCCACCCCGCCUGCCUCAUUACCUGGCUCACUCACUAACGUGAAAGCCUUACAGAAAUCUCCAGGUCCUCAGCGGGAAAGGAAGUCGUCUUCUUCCUCAUCCUCGGAGGACAGAAGUCGGAUGAAAACACUUGGUAGAAGAGAUUCAAGUGAUGACUGGGAGAUUCCUGAUGGACAGAUUACAGUGGGACAGAGAAUUGGAUCUGGGUCAUUUGGAACUGUCUACAAGGGAAAGUGGCAUGGUGAUGUGGCAGUGAAAAUGUUGAAUGUGACAGCACCCACACCUCAACAGUUACAGGCCUUCAAAAAUGAAGUAGGAGUACUCAGGAAAACUCGACAUGUGAACAUCCUCCUUUUCAUGGGCUAUUCUACAAAGCCACAACUGGCAAUUGUUACACAGUGGUGUGAGGGCUCCAGCUUAUAUCACCAUCUCCACAUCAUUGAGACCAAAUUUGAGAUGAUCAAACUUAUAGAUAUUGCUCGGCAGACUGCACAGGGCAUGGAUUACUUACACGCCAAGUCAAUCAUCCACAGAGACCUCAAGAGUAAUAAUAUAUUUCUUCAUGAAGACCUCACGGUAAAAAUAGGUGACUUUGGUCUAGCCACAGUGAAAUCUCGGUGGAGUGGGUCCCAUCAGUUUGAACAGUUGUCUGGAUCUAUUUUGUGGAUGGCACCAGAAGUAAUCAGAAUGCAAGAUAAGAACCCGUAUAGCUUUCAGUCAGAUGUGUAUGCAUUCGGGAUUGUGCUGUAUGAACUGAUGACUGGCCAGCUACCUUAUUCAAACAUCAACAACAGGGACCAGAUAAUUUUUAUGGUGGGACGAGGAUACCUAUCCCCAGAUCUCAGUAAGGUACGGAGUAACUGUCCAAAAGCCAUGAAGAGAUUAAUGGCAGAGUGCCUCAAAAAGAAAAGAGACGAGAGACCACUCUUUCCCCAAAUUCUCGCCUCCAUUGAGCUGCUGGCCCGCUCAUUGCCAAAAAUUCACCGCAGUGCAUCAGAACCCUCCUUGAAUCGGGCUGGUUUCCAAACAGAAGAUUUUAGUCUGUAUGCUUGUGCUUCUCCGAAAACACCCAUCCAAGCAGGGGGAUAUGGAGAAUUUGCAGCCUUCAAGUAGCCAGCCCAUCAUGGCAGCAUCUACUCUUUAUUUCUUAAGUCUUGUGUUCAUAAAGUUUGUUAACAUCAAAACACAGUUCUGUUCCUCAUUUUUUAAAGAUACAAAAUUUUCAAUGCAUAAGCUCAUGUGGAACAGAAUGGAAUUUCCUAUUCAACAAAAGAGGGAAGAAUGUUUUAGGAACCAGAAUUCUCUGCUGCCCGUGUUUCUUCUUCAACAUAACUAUCACGUGCAUACAAGUCUGCCCAUUCCCAAGAAGAAAGAGGAGAGACCCUGAAUUCUGCCCUUUUGGUGGUCAGGCAUGAUGGAAAGAAUUUGCUGCUGCAGCUUGGGAAAAUUGCUAUGGAAAGUCUGCCAGUCGACUUUGCCCUUCUAACCACCAGAUCAGCCUGUGGCUGGUCAUCUGAUGGGGCGAUUUCCAUCACCAAGCAUCGUUCUUGCCUAUUCUGGGAUUAUGUUGUGGAGCACUUUCCCUAUCCACCACCGUUCAUUUCUGAGGGAUGGAGUAAAUGCAGCAUACCCUUGUGUAGCGCCUGUUUAGUCCUCAGCAGCUGCUGUCACAGUGAAGCUCUUUACAGUUAAGUGGUGGGGGAGAGUUGAGGAGAGCCUGCCUCGGGGGCAGAGAAAAGGGGAUGCUGCAUCUUCCUCCUCACCUCCAGCUCUCUCACCUCGGGUUGCCUUGCUCACUGGGCUCCACCUAACCACUCAGGCUGGUCAGUGCUGGCACACAUUGCCUUCUUUUCUCAUUGGGUCCAGCAAUUGAGGAGAGGGUUGGGGGAUUGUUUCCUCCUCGAUGUAGCAAAUUCUCAGGAAAAUACAGUCCAUAUCUUCCUCUCAGCUCUUCCAGUCACCAAAUACUUACGUGGCUCCUUUGUCCAGGACAUAAAACACCGUGGACAACACCUAAUUAAAAGCCUACAAAACUGCUUACUGACAGUUUUGAAUGUGAGACACUUGUGUAAUUUAAAUGUAAGGUACAGGUUUUAAUUUCUGAGUUUCUUCUAUUUUUAUUUAAAAGAAGAAAAUAAUUUUCAGGUUUAAUUGGAAUAAAUGAGUACUUCCCACAAGACUAUAUACCCUGAAAAUUAUAUUUUUGUUAAUUGUAAACAACUUUUAAAGAAUAAUUAUUAUCCUUUUCUCUACCUAAAAUUAUGGGGAAUCUUAGCAUAAUGACAAUUAUUUAUACUUUUUAAAUAAAUGGUACUUGCUGGAUCCACACUAACAUCUUUGCUAACAAUCCCAUUGUUUCUUCCAUCUUAACUCCUACACUACAUCCUACAUCCUCUUUCUAGUCUUUUAUCUAUAAUAUGCAACCUAAAAUAAAAGUGGUGGUGUCUCCAUUCAUUCUUCCUCUUCCUUUUUUCCCCAAGCCUGGUCUUCAAAAGGUUGGGUAAUUCAGUACCUGAGCUCCCUAGGUGGAAAUGGAACUAUUAGGGACAUUGGAGUUGCAGGAAAGCAUGAAGCCUGUCCCCAGUUGUUCUUCUAGAACCCUAAAUCUUAUCUUUGCACAGAUCAAAAGUAUCACCUCGUCACAGUUCCCCUUAGCCUUUACUUACAGGUAAUAUAAAAAUCACCAUAGUAGUAAAGAAAACAACUGGAUGGAUUGAUGACCAGUACCUCUCAGAGCCAGGAAUCUUGAAUCUCCAGGAUUUAAACAUGCAAAUUUAAGGAGAUGUACUUAGCAACUUCAAGCCAAGAACUUCCAAAAAAAAAAAAAAAUACUAUCGAAUCUAAAAUAAAAUGGAAUUUUGAGUUAUUUUUAAAGUUCAAAUUAUAAUUGAUACCACUAUGUAUUUAAGCCUACUCACAGCAAGUUAGAUGAAUUCUGCUAAACUCAUUGCCAGACUGUGGUGGUGGUAGUAGUGUGCACCUUUAAUCCAAGCAACUCAGCAAUCAGAAUGAGGUAAAUCUCUGUGAAUACAAGGCCUGCCUAGUCUGCAGAGCUAGUUCCAGGAUAGCCAGGGCUACACAUACACACACACACACACACACACACACAAACCCUAUCUCAAAAAAACAAAAUUAAUUAAUUGAUAAUAAAAAAUAACUAAAGUAUCAUCAAAGGAAGGCCUACUGGAAGUUUUAUAUAUUCCCAGUAAAUUGAAAAAUAUUCUGAAGUUAUUAACCAGUUAGCAACAAUGUGUUUUUAAGUCUUACGUAAAUAGAGCAAAGUCUUAAAAUGUUCAAGAGCUGAGAAGAUAAUUGUGCUUGAUAUGAAAAAUAGCCUCUCUGUAUGAUGUGCCACAUCGAGAGGCAUCAUUACCCUUUUAAAUGCUUCUUAAUGUGGCUUUGUUCCCUUUACCCAGGAUUAGCUAGAAAGAGCUAGGCUUCGGCCACAGUUGCACAUUUCGGGCCUGCUGAAGAAUGGGAGCCUUGAAGGCUGGCCUUGGUGGAGGAGCACCUCAGUACUGGAGGAUGGGGCCUGUACGCAGCAUGGAAGUGGUCUAGACAGAGUGCAAAGCGACAGACUUCUUUCUCAUUUUAGUAUAGGGUAAUGUCUCACUUGAAAAGGGAAAGUAGAGUUGAUAUUAAACGAAGCUGUGCCCAGAAACCAGGCUCAGGGUAUUGUGAGAUUUUUUUUUUUUUAAAUAGAGAAUAUAAAAGAUAGAAAUAAAUAUUUUAUCCUUCCUUCUUAUUUUCUAUCAAAUAGAUUUUUUUUGUCAUUUACAAACAACAUAAAAAAGGUUUCUUUUGUAGGGUUUUCUUUCCUUCUUUUUUUUUUUUUAGACUGCAGAUAAUCUUGUUGAGCUCCUCAGAAAAUACAAGGAAGUCCUUGUUUGUGCAGAGCACUUUAUGAGUAACUGUAUAGACAGAGUGUGGCUGCUUCACUCAUCCUAGAGGGCUGUAGCUGUCGGGCCAUGAAGUGGCUGCAGUGCCUCGUGAGAUCUGUUUUGUUUUGUUUGGAGUGAAUUCUUUGAAAGGUUUGAGUGCAACUAUGUAGGAGUGUUUUUAAAUAAGUAGCAUUCCUGAUGAACUUUCUCACUAUUAAGCUACAGGACCCAAACUCUACCACUAAGAUAUUAUUAACCUCAAAAUGUAGUUUAUAGGAGGAAUUUGCAAAUAGAAUAUCCAGUUCUUUCUUAUAUGCAUCUUCAACAAAGAUUCUCUGUGACUUGUCGGGUUUGGUUCCUGAACAGCCCAUUUUUGUAUUUGAGGUUAGGAGGGCAUAAUGAGGCAUCCUAAAAGACAAUCUGAUAUAAACUGUAUGCUAGAUUUAUGCUGGUAUGGGAGAAAGCAUUCUGUAAAGACAUGAUUUAAGACUUCAGCACUGUCAACCAGAAACCUUGUAAAUACUUCCUGUCUUGGUGCAGCCCCGCCCCUUUGAUCACACCAUGUUGUCUUGUGCUUGUCAGACACUGUCAGAGCUGCUGUUCGUCCCUCUGCAGAUCUCACCUGUCCCCACUGCACACCCACCUCCUGCCUCUUGCAGACCUCAGCAUCUAGCUUUAGUUGGAAACAGUUCAGGGUUCAGGUGACUUCUUCAAAAAAAAAAAAAACUACCUCCUCAGAAUGAGGUAAUGAAUAGUUAUUUAUUUUAAAGUAUGAAAAGUCAGGAGCGCUAGAACAUGAAGAUGAUUUAAGAUUGUAACUUUCAUGUGUAUUGUAGUUGAGCACUUGUUUUUGUCCUAAAGGGCAUUAUACAUUUAAGCAGUGAUUCUGUUUAAAGAUGUUUUUCUUUAAAGGUGUAGCUCAGAGUAUCUGUUGUUGGAAUUGGUGCCAGAGUCUGCUUAAUAUAUUUCAGAAUCCUAACCUUAAGUCAGUCGCAUGAAGUUAAGUAGUUAUGGUAACACUUUGCUAGCCAUGAUAUAAUUCUACUUUUUAGGAGUAGGUUUGGCAAAACUGUAUGCCUUCAAAGUGAGUUGGCCACAGCUUUGUCACAUGUGCAGAUACUCAUCUGAAGAGACUGCCCAGCUAAGAGGGCAGAAGGAAACCCUUUUUUCAUAUGAUUUGCUUCUUUGUCCACGUUGGCAUUGUUAGUACUAGUUUAUCAGCACCUUGACCAGCAGAUGUCAACCAAUAAGCUAUUUUUAAAACCAUAGCCAGAGAUGGAGAGGUCACUGUGAGUAGAAACAGCAGGACGCUUACAGGAGUGAAAUGGUGUAGGGAGGCUCUAGAAAAAUAUCUUGACAAUUUGCCAAAUGAUCUUACUGUGCCUUCAUGAUGCAAUAAAAAAGCUAACAUUUUAGCAGAAAUCAGUGAUUUACGAAGAGAAUGGCCAGUCUGGUUUAACUCAGCUGGGAUAAUAUUUUUUAGAGUGCAAUUUAGACUGCGAAGAUAAAUGCACUAAAGAGUUUAUAGCCAAUUCACAUUUGAAAAAUAAGAAAAUGGUAAAUUUUCAGUGAAAUAUUUUUUUAAAGUACAUAAUCCCUAGUGUAGCCAGAAAUAUUUACCAUAUAGAGCAGCUAGGCUGAGACACAGUCCAGUGACAUUUCUAGAGAAACCUUUUCUACUCCCACGGGCUCCUCAAAGCAUGGAAAUUUUAUACAAAAUGUUUGACAUUUUCAGAUACUGCUGUAGUUUAGUUUUGAAAUAGUAUGUGCUGAGCAGCAGUCACGUACUAACUCCGUGAGAGAAAACCACAUCAAAUUGUGCGUCUGAUUUGUUUUCAGAGAAAUGCUGCCAAUUAGAUACUGAGUUUUCAGAGCUUCAAGUGUAAACUUGCCUCCCAAGACCUGUUUGCAAAGGAAGUUGGCUAGUGCUACUGACUGCUCCAGCACAUGAUGGGAGGCAGGGGGCUGUCUCUGAAGUGUCUUCUAGGAAGGGACAAUGGAAUAGUGAGAGACCUGGUCAGUGUGUGUCAGCUGGACACUCCAUGCUAUGGGACUUGCAUCUUCUGUCCUCACCAUCCCCAAGACAUUGUGCUUUCCCCAGUUGUCCUCUAGCUGUUUCACUCAGACACCAAGAUGAAUUACUGAUGCCAGAAGGGACCGAAAUGGCCAGUGUGUUUUGGGGGUUGUAUCAGUUCACUGGACAAUAACUUUAAUAGUUUCAGAUCAUUUAUUUUUACUUCCAUUUUGACAGAGACAUUUAAAUGGAAAUUUAGUCCUAACAUUUGUCAUUUGAAAGGAAAAAUUAACAGUUCCUAUAAGAUAAUUUUGAGGUGGAAUCUGACAUCCUAAUUUUUUUCUUUUCAGUGGGUUUGCAGUGAGGGUCUUGUAUGCACUAGGCAAGGGUUCUACCACUAAGCCACAUUUCCCAGGAAAUAAAAUGUUAACAGUUAAAACAAACACACACACACACAAAUACACAAACACCUUAUUACCACCUUAGUAAAGUGAGAGAUGUGGGUCCUUUGUCUCAGUCUCCACAAUUUCAGCUGCCCCUUUUAUGAAUUACUCAGUCUCGCUAAACUGCUUACUUUUAUUUACCUGGUUUGACGAGUUGCAGCUAUAUAACCAGUUGUGCAUGAGGACAACAGCCAGUGUGUUUGUUUUGUUUUUGUUUUUGUUUUUGUUUGUGGUGCAUUUUUGUAAAGAAUUCCGUAGAUUGAAGUGCUCUUUGAAAACAGAACUGAGAUAUAUUUAUUCUUGUUAGCAUCAAACAACAUUUUGUGCAAAUGAUUUGCUUUUCCUGGCAGGCUGAGUACCUUAUCCAGCGCCCACAAUUGCGGGUUCCCAUCUACCAUGUCCACAGGGGAGACAGACGGGAAGCACAUGAAGGGUGUGCUUACAGAGUUGUAGGAGUUAUGUAGUUCUCUUGUUGCCUUGGAAAUCACUGUUGUUUUAAGACUGUUGAACCCAUGUGUUUUUGGCUGGGCUGUGAGUUACAUGAAGAAACUGCAAACUAGCAUAUGCAGACAAAGCUCACAGACUAGGCAUAAAUGGAAGAAAAUGGACCAAAAUAAGGCAGGGUGACACAUAAAUCUAGGGCUUCGGAGAAAACUAAGGGUGGAAGAUGAACUAUAAUCACCUGAAUACAAUGUAAGAGUGCAAUAAGUGUGCUUAUUCUAAGCUGUGAACUUUUUUUAAAUCAUUCCUUUCUAAUACAUUUAUGUAUGUUCCAUUGCUGACUAAAACCAGCUAUGAGAACAUAUGCCUUCUUAUUCCUGUUAACUACCAGUUUAAGUGGCUAACCUAAAUGUCUUAUUUAUCUUCAUUUUGUAUUAGUUUACAUACCAGGUAUGUGUGUGUGCUGUAUCUUCUUCCCUUUAUUUGAAAACACUUUUCACUGGGUCAUCUCCUUGGCCAUUCCACAACACAACUUUGGUUUGGCUUUCAAUGUCACCUUAUUUGAUGGACUGUGUCCCAGUAACAGAAUUUAUGGUAUUCCCAUUGCUGGCUGUUCUUCCGAUCCUUUGCUUCUACAGCACUUGUCUCUCCUAAGAUAGUCAGAAUCUAACUGAUCAGGGGAUGGACUUCACCAUUCAUCGUGUCUCUUCAAUUCUAUUAAAUAGACCACUCUUGGGCUUUAGACCAGGAAAAAGGAGACAGCUCUAGCCAUCUACCAAGCCUCACCCUAAAAGGUCACCCGUACUUCUUGGUCUGAGGACAAGUCUCCACUCCAGUAAGGGAGAGGGGAGGAAAUGCUUCCUGUUUGAACUGCAGUGAAUUCCUAUGGCUCCUGUUUCACCACCCGCACCUAUGGCAACCCAUAUACAUUCCUCUUGUCUGUAACUGCCAAAGGUUGGGUUUAUGUCACUUCAGUUCCACUCAAGCAUUGAAAAGGUUCUCAUGGAGUCUGGGUGUGCCCAGUGAAAAGAUGGGGACUUUUUCAUUAUCCACAGACCUCUCUAUACCUGCUUUGCAAAAAUUAUAAUGGAGUAACUAUUUUUAAAGCUUAUUUUUCAAUUCAUAAGAAAAAGACAUUUAUUUUCAAUCAAAUGGAUGAUGUCUCUUAUCCCUUAUCCCUCAAUGUUUGCUUGAAUUUUGUUUGUUCCCUAUACCUUCUCCCUAAUUCUUUAGUUCCUUCCUGCUCAGGUCCCUUCAUUUGUACUUUGGAGUUUUUCUCAUGUAAAUUUGUAUAAUGGAAAAUAUUGUUCAGUUUGGAUAGAAAGCAUGGAGAAAUAAAUAAAAAAAAAAAGAUAGCUGAAAAUCAAAUUGAAGAAAUUUAUUUCUGUGUAAAGUUAUUUAAAACUCUGUAUUAUAUUUAAAGAAAAAAGCCCAACCCCCAAAAAAGUGCUAUGUAAUUGAUGUGAAUAUGCGAAUACUGCUAUAAUAAAGAUUGACUGCAUGGAGAAA